AUGGCUGAAUACUGGAAAUCAGCACCACGCUAUUGGUGCAAACAGUGCAAGAUCUUCAUCCGCGAUACGCCCUUUGAAAAGACCCAGCACGAAGCUAGCCCGAAACAUCAAGGCAGCCUGAAGCGUUUCCUCAGACAAAUCCACAACGACAAUGAACAAAAACAGAGAGAUUCACAGCGCGCAAAGAGCGAAGUCGAGCGAUUACGACAGGCUGUCGGUGGCGGGUCCUCGACUGACAAAGAUGGCGUCGCAAAACGAACCGCGGCCCCAGCCCCUAAAGCUGAAGAUCGACCUGUCUCGCUAGAAGAGCGGAAGAAGCAGAUGGCACAGCUUGCAGAAAUGGGAGUCGCCAUUCCCCAGGAAUUCCGCGCGGAUUUGGCUCUAGCAGGCGAAUGGCAGACGACAUCGGAGACCAGAAUCGAGCCUGUGCAGGGGGGGUUAGAGGGUCCGACAAAGUCGGUCGGAGUACGCAAGCGCAAGCAUGAAGGUGAAGGAGAAGAGGAGGAUGAACAUGCGUCUGAACCUGUUGUCAACAGAGGCUGGGGCUCGAGGAUGAGACAAUACCCUGGUGCACAAGAGGACGAGAGCCUGGAUGACCUGCUUGCAAGCACCAAAGAUAUUACCAAAAAGAAGACGUUCACUCCGAAGGUUGAACUCAAUGAGCAGGAGACAGCCAGCGAACAGCCCACCCCUAUCGCAAAGCAAGAGGAUGAUGAAAUCAAGCCCGAGCCCGAGGUUCCAAAGACGAGUGGGUUUGUCGAGGUUAAGACUGAGUUUAAGACAGAAGAGCCCGCUCGGACCUUGGCAGAAGAGACCGUUCAGACCUUGGAUCCGGUCGCCGAAGAUAAACAGCAGACUGCAGAUGCAGCGCCUGACGUUGUCUUCAAAAAGCGCAAGCCGAAGGUGAUGAGGAAAUAG